GGCAAAAUCUUUAGAUUGUUUUAAUAUAUAUAGAUACAGUAUAUAUAUAUCUCUCAGCUGAAUCACACUGCUCUUCCUCUUAAAUUCCUUCAAUUUAAUUUCAGUGAGACAGAUUCAGCAGCAAGCAGAAUGCAAGGAAUCUCCACUAUUCCCCUGUCUCACACAAGAAACCCAGUGCAUUACUGAAGGAGAAAGAGAGAGAGAAAGAGAGAGAGAGAGAGAGGGAAAGAGAGGGCAGAGCAAGCGAACAGUCAGAGGAGGAUUCAGAUUGCUGUGGUUGAGAGGAGGAACGUACGGUCUUGUCUUGUUCUGCUUUCUUUGCCUCAGGUGUGCGCUCCUCCCUCCCCUGUGCGGUGCCUGCUGUCAGGUCCAUCCCGGGUGGCUGAGGCCAUGGUGUUGGUGCUGCGAGCCUUGCUGCCCUGUGUCUGCACCCUGCUGUCCCUGGAGCUGCUGCCUGGGGUGGAACCCACUGUUCCCCUGGAGGACUUCUACCCCUUUGGACAGGACGAGGGGGACUGCCAGACCAUCGCUCAGGACGACGGGGGCUCUGGACUCGUACAGAUUGCUGUUGCGUUCCCCUUCUUUGGAGACAGGCACACAGGACUUUAUGUUAACAACAAUGGCUUGGUAUCUUUCCUGAGGGAGGUCUCUCAGUUCACACCUGUCGCAUUUCCGAUCGCUGGUGACAGGAGGGUUGUGGCACCAUUCUGGGCUGAUGUGGACAACCGUCGAGCAGGGAGGGUGUUCUACAGAGAGAGCAAAAACCAUUCUGUCCUCGAGAGGGCCUCUGCAGAUGUCAGGAUGUACUUUUCAGAAUUUUCCAGCUUCAAUGCUACUUGGGUCCUCAUCUCUACAUGGCACCAAGUUACUUUUUUUGGAGGCAACUCCCUCACACCGGUAAAUACUUUUCAAGUGGUGCUCAUUACAGAUGAGGACCUCUCCUUCACCAUAUUCCAGUACAAUAAUAUCACCUGGACCACAGGCAUGCAUGCCAGCAGUGGAGGGGACCUGGCUGGGUUGGGGGGGAUCGCAGCACAGGCAGGUUUCAAUGCAGGUGAUGGAAAACGUUAUUUCAACAUCCCUGGGUCUCGCACAUCCGAUGUGGUGGAUGUGGAGGGAACCACUAACGUGGGCUUCCCGGGUAGAUGGGUGUUCCGUAUCGAUAAUGCACAUGUGGAAGUGGGUGGCUGCAACAACUCAGCGUCCGUAUGCCCACACUUGCGACCUUGUCUGAAUGGAGGCCAGUGCAUCGAUGAUUGUAUCACAGGAAAUCCCUCGUUCACAUGCUCCUGUUUGGCGGGUUUCACGGGUCGGACAUGCCAGAUUGAUGUCAAUGAAUGUGCCUCAUAUCCCUGUCAGAACGGAGGGACUUGUAAAGACCAGAUUAAUAGUUUCAUCUGUCAGUGUCCAUCUGGAUACACUGGGAUUCGGUGUGAAACAGAUAUUGAUGAGUGCAACGACAGACCAUGCCUGAAUAACGGGCUGUGUGUCCAGAGUUCUGGCAGCUUCAGCUGUGUCUGUGAUCCAGGUUUCACUGGUGUCCACUGUGAGACAGAUAUUAAUGAAUGUGAGUCUCAGCCUUGUCUGAAUGGAGGAGAAUGCAUCCAUCAAGUGACCAACUUCACCUGUAUUUGUCCUGCUCCCUUCACUGGAGCACUGUGUGAAACAGAGUUUGUGGAGCCACAGGUCAAUUCAACUGAGGCAAAAAACCAAACAGAGGCAUGUCUUUGUCAGAAUGGGGGUGUCUGUGUAGACAUCAAUGGGACGUGUGAAUGCCCCUCGGGCUACACGGGACUCUACUGUCAGUUAGAGGUAACCCAGACGCCAUGCAGUAACAGCCGGCCGUGCCCUGAUGGAUGGCCGUUUGCUGUUCCUGAAUGUGAAGCUAUAUUGUCCAAGCUGCUUAAUUGGUUGUACUUCUUUGAUCCUCCAGAUAUUAAUGAAUGUGAGUCUCAGCCUUGUCUGAAUGGAGGAGAAUGCAUCCAUCAAGUGACCAACUUCACCUGUAUUUGUCCUGCUCCCUUCACUGGAGCACUGUGUGAAACAGAGUUUGUGGAGCCACAGGUCAAUUCAACUGAGGCAAAAAACCAAACAGAGGCAUGUCUUUGUCAGAAUGGGGGUGUCUGUGUAGACAUCAAUGGGACGUGUGAAUGCCCCUCGGGCUACACGGGACUCUACUGUCAGUUAGAGGUAACCCAGACGCCAUGCAGUAACAGCCGGCCGUGCCCUGAUGGAUGGCCGUGUUUGGAAUAUGGAGGAGCCUACCUGUGUACCUGUCAGACUGCAGCAGCAGAGCUCAAUCAUAAGGACUUCUAUUCUUAUGUACAGCCCCAAUCGGUUUGCGACUCCUCUCCAUGUCUGAAUGGAGGCUACUGCGACGAGCAGGAUGGAGGCUACUCUUGUGAAUGCAAAUACGGAUACUGGGGCAAGCACUGUGAAAAAGUAAGACUCAAUACCUGUGCUUCUGGUCCCUGCCGUAAUGGAGGCUCCUGUAAGGAGGAGUCAGGGGGCUACCGCUGUGCAUGUCCGUACAGAUUCACUGGAAAACACUGUGAAGUGGGGAAACCUGACCCCUGUGCCUCCAGCCCCUGUCUGAACGGAGGGACGUGUUUUCACUACAUCGGAAAGUAUAAAUGUGAAUGCACGGAGGCCUUCAGCGGCAGACACUGCGAGAUAAACAGGAGUUCAACACAUACCUCAGCAGAGACGGGCUGUGGGCCGCCUCCACAAGUGAAGCAUGCAGAGGUCCAGUUCUCCUCGACAACAUCGGGAUCUGUGGCUCUUUAUAUUUGCCACUCAGGCUUCACGUCUGUUCCCAGAGCCACCCAGAGCAUCUGUGGUAUUCAGGGAGCCUGGAGCCAGCCGCCUGUCUGUGAAGAGGUCAACGAGUGUCUGUCACAGCCUUGUCUCAAUGGGGGUACGUGUCGAGACCAGGUUGCAUACUUCCUGUGUGAAUGUGACGACGGCUUUACUGGAAACCGCUGUCAAACAGAAGCAGACGGGUGUGAGUCCAACCCCUGUCUAAAUGGAGGUGUGUGUCGGGGUUACAGAAGGAAUAUUUUGUGCCUGUGCAAAGAAGGUUUCUUUGGAGAGCGCUGUGAGAUCUUGGAGAAUCCCUGUGUACUACAGCCUUGUGGAAACCGCGGCCUCUGCAGGAGUGACAGGAGAGGAAACUACAACUGUGUCUGCAGGAUCGGCCACACGGGCAAAGACUGUGAGAAAGACCUCUUGCCUCCCUCUGGGCUCCACGUGCUGCGUGUGGAGGAGAACGAAGUGGAGCUGCGCUGGGAUGAGCCGCAGCCCUCGCACAGCCUGAUCAGCGGGUUUGCCGUCACCUACGCUCCCCUGGGCCGCAGCAAUCGCAAAACAGACUUCCUGGACAGGCAGCAGUCCACCCACAUCAUGCGAGGCCUCAUACCCGGCCUGUUGUACAACAUCUCCACCUUCUCCAUCAAACGCAACACCAACAGCAACGACAUCAGCCAGCCUGCCACCGCACUCAUACGCACCAGACCACGGCAGGUUGAGCAGCUGGAGGUGGUGAACGUGUCUUCCUCUCAGGUUUGGCUGCGCUGGCUGGUUCAGGCCGCUCGCCAUGCAGCUGUAAGCCGGGUUCAUGUGUCUCUACUGCCUUCAGAUGGGAGCAAGGCUCGAACCGUCAUCCUUAACACCAGCACUACAGAGCACACCUUCAGUUCAUUACUUCCUGGUCACAUGUACACGGUUGAUGCGUUGACUCAAAGUGGAAUCGGACCAGAUGAGUUUCCAUCCACCAGCCACUCAGCUGGACCCCUGCAGUUCUGGACGAGGCCACUUCCCCCACAAAACAUCUCCCUGUCACACGUGACCACUAACUCAGCACUGAUCACCUGGAGUCGCCACCCAAGAAACAUCCCAGAUGGCUUUGUGGUCAAUGUGACUAGGGGGUUGAAUACCAGGAGCCGCUUCCUGCCCAGUGGGAAAUUAGGAUCGUACACACUGCGUGAGCUGACGCCAGGACAGCACUACUAUGUGGCUCUGACAUCUGUCAUGAGCACAGGACAGGAGCAGAUCCACAGCAUACCUCAGCACUUGGCCUUCACCACUUUAUCACUUGAGGCCAGAUCAGGGAGGAGGGAGAGGCCAGCAGUGACAGCCCAGCAGGCUCAGUCUGGACAAACACUAACCCCGUCUCAACCUCAGGAUGGUGGAGGCACAUCAGAAACAGGGAACUCAGAGGAAUUACCCAGAUACACAGAACUAGUUGAUAGACGGGGAAAGAUAACAGCGAAGUUCACACAGCUUCCUCGAAAAGCCAUUCGACAUCGUACAAAACCUGAUCCACCAAUUAGAUUAGAGAGGAUGGAAGAAACAACAAACAAAAUCAGCCUUGCACUGGAGAUUCAAGAGGAAGGCUUAAGAACAAAGCCGGAGUUCCCCCAUCAGGACUGCCGCAGUCUGCCAUGUCAGAAUGGUGGUACAUGUGUGAAUGGAGGCGAUUCCUUUGUCUGUGACUGCACAGAUGGCUUCAAGGGAAGACAGUGCGAACUCUCAUGCCAGCGGCUGCCGCACCCGUGCACCCGCCUCUACUCAGAAACAAAGAGUGUGCCUGUGUGGGAGGAUGGUGUGUGCCAUUAUCUGUACAAACGGAUGUAUAAAGUGCAACAAGAUGUUUGCUAUCGGGAGGUCUGUGAGCCUGUGCUGCCCAAGAAGAAUCAGACAGUCAGAAGAACAAACAGACAACAAUAAAGAUCAUGUGGAUUAUGAUGAAAGGACUGUCAUCGCUGCCAUGUGAAAAA